AUGGCCGCCAUUCUUGUCAUCGCCUUGUUGGCCCCUUUUCAUAGUAUCUCAGCGUCGAGCAUCGAUGCCUCCCAACGAACCUACGGGUACUGCAAACAAUUGGAUAUCCCAGUGUUCGCUACCUCAGACAGCGCGAUCUAUGACCAUCCAAGGGUGGACAAUAAUAUCGAAGCGAGAGCCUGGGCCAUCUACGCUGAUACUUGGGACACUCCCGUCGGUGUACAGACGAUCGUUGAGAACACUACAACUUCGGCUACUUUCAAUAUCCAUGCCCAACUGUGUGUCCCCAAGUUUUCCGGAAAGAAAAAGGACAUCCUGCAGAUUGCCACUCAUGGCGCGCAUUACGAUGGAAGAUAUUGGGAUCCUGAACUCGAUCGGGAGAACCAGUCUUAUGUUGAGGCGUCACUCAAAGCAGGAUAUUCCAUCCUCACCUACGAUCGUUUAGGAGCCGGUCAAUCAGAUCACCCUGACGCGUACGACGUGGUACAAGCGCCUCUGGAACUAGAGAUACUUCGACAGUUGACUUUGAUGGCGCGCAAUGGCACCUUGUACAGCUUCGCAAGGAAAGCACAACCUGUCGAUACAGUAUUCAACACAUUGGCCAAACCAAACAAAGUCGUACAUGUCGGUCACAGUUUCGGAUCCUUCCUCACCUCCGCAUUCAUUGCUACGUAUCCCUCUCUGAGCGACGGAGCAAUUAUCACGGGUUAUAUUUACGGCAAGUAUUUGGGAAAACCUGGGAUGGCGUCAUGGGGUGUGGACUUUGCCGCCACGAGCUCUCCUCCCUUUAAUCGAUCGAGUGGCUACGUUGUGUGUCAAAAGACCGGCAUCCAGAAUCUCUUCUUCGGUGGUGACCCCGACACCGCGUUCACCCCAGAGAUGCUCGACUACGGCGAUGCCCUCAAGCAGCCCGUCCCGAUUGGGGAACUCGCCUCCGCUUUUCAUAUCAUAGGGCUUCCGGGACCGGAUUUCAAAGCGCCGAUACAAUUCAUGUUGGCCGAAUUCGACUUUUAUAUCUGUGCCGGUGAUUGUAAGGGGGCAUACACCUUGCAGGAUUUGAAGAAUACCUACCCGAACGCCGCCGUUGUCGAGGACUAUAUCCAGCCGAAUACCGGUCAUGCCUUCCCGCUCCACAACAAUGCCACUGCUGGCUACCAGGUCACAUUCGAUUUCUUGGAUAGAAAUGGGCUAUAG